CGGGGAAGUCAUGAAUUUCAUAUAAUUGUAAAGUGAUAUUAUUCCUCCGUAUCAAGUACCGGUAGUCAUUGACUAGGUAUUUGGUAAGAUCAAAUAGGUUAAUUGAACGACCCUUGAGCCAGGGAGUAAGAUAUUAAUUCAUAGAUGAAGUAUUUGCAUUUAUAUCGUAGCUGGAUGUACGAUAUAAUCAAGCAGUUAGGUAAGCGGGGAUAGAUGGAAGCUACCGGUGAGGAACCCUUCUUCCCCUUCCCAUGAUGGUCCGGCUGCAAACGGUUCCGCUCACUACCAGCAUACUAGUACUCGUGAUAGUCACGUUUCCAUGAUAUUGACACCACUUCGUGCGCUUUAUCGAAAUCAAGACAUUCUAGAAUUCCAAGGACGUCCAAUCGCCAAGAGGAGGGGUAGUUUCCAUCAUCGAAUCAUCGUAACGUCGCAAUAACUUGAUUAAUUCUUGCGCAAAAUCAAGUUAUCAGAUGAACUACGAGGUACUUGCUGGAGGUAGGUAGGUACCGUAUUCUUUUGGAAUAUUUAGCUUUCGAAAUUGUCAUGGAUUUGAAUGAGAGAAGGAAUUGUCAAGAUGUGUACACCAGGUACUUUCAUUAGACUUUCCACCGAAUCAUUGUCGUGGGGUAAAACUUGGUUGAAGAGGGAAGUGAUGAUACCAUCGCCAUCACUAUCAACAUCACUCACUGUCAACAAGGGAGAGAAGAAUAAGAAAUAAGGUCAAAGCUUUUUACUACUUACUUCACUCUUUUUAGUCUUCACUCUUCACUCUGCACUCUUCACUCUUACCUCUUUACCCUUAGAUCGGUGGAGUGGAUCGUGGAUCUUCCUAGAAGUCGAUCAGUGCAGUGGAUGGAUUACCUACCUAGUGAGGUCACUAGUAAGUACCUCCCUAGUCACUCCAUUAUGACGUAUGAUCGAUCACGUCCCUCAGCCACAUCAUCCCAAUAUCCAAAUGUCAACAGCUUCAUGGAUCGGUCAAGUGCAUAUGUAAUCAAGGUCAAAGCACUGUCGACAUUCGUUUUCAGUUCGGGAUGUAUGAAAGAAUGAAGUCAACAUCAAUCAAGGUGUGGCACGGCACGGCACGUGAAUUGAAGAAGAAAAUUGGCAGUACAAAGAAAGAAGACGGGAGAAAGAAAGAAAUAAGAAAGAAAAAUAAAUAAACAUCAGAUCCAAGUCUACCUAUCCCUAGAUGACAUCAAUCUUUACAAUAUCUUUGACCUGUAUGGAGUGAAAAGACAGAUGAAGCAGAAACAGAAACAGAAACAGCCAAGCUCGAUGUCUAGCUAAUUAUUGGAAUACACGAAUUACACAUAUACACAUCGACAAUAUACAUCGUCACAUUAUAUCACUGCCAUCAUCAACCUCCACAUCCAUCCUCACCUCCACCUUCACCUCCACCUUCACCUCCGCCUUCACCUCAAACCUCUACCUCAUCGUUUCCUUCCCUUGAAAAUUCAACUGACUAAGUUCUUGGUAAUUAUCAAUUAUAUCACGUCAAGUCAUCAACCUCACUUGCCCCAAAAUUGACUAGUGGAAGCGAACCGACUAUCGUCAUCGCCGUAACUGCCGCCCGCUCCCACCUCCACUUGGUUUGGUUCUUCCUUGAGUUACCUUAGCACAUGAAAUAUACUGCAUGGACUAAAAUUUCAACUCUUAUUAAAAGCUUUCCGUGGGUUGGUCUUUCAAUCUUUCAAUCUUUCAAUCUUUUCUUUCCUUUCAAACAAACAUUCCAUUUCCCUCAAUAUAUUCCGAAUAUCUAUCUUUCCGUACCAUCUUGGAAAGCCUUGCUCAAUUUUGAUACCCCUCAUCUGGAUUUCCCAUCAUUCUUCACAAUUGCAUUGCAUUCCUCUUGUUACAUUCACAAAUCUACUCUUAAUAUCUUUCAAUUAAUUCGCUUCUUCCAUCAUGGCGGCUCGUGGCAUCAUGGCCUUGGUCUCCUUGGUCCUCCUCGGUGCUUCGAUCAUGUUCAUGUUCUUUGUGAUAUUAGGUGGCAUAACAGGCACCACUCCUUUGGACAAAACACAAUUUCUCACAGCCGACACUUCAAGCAUUGCCGGAGCGAGACCAGUGUCACAAUGGAAUUUCUUCAGAGUUUGUGGAGCUGGAAACACCGAUUGUGGUAAAUCAGUACCGGCUCUCCCCUUUGGUUAUGCCUGGGUUGGAGGUGGUUCUGGUGCGCCAUCCAGUCUUCUUGGCUCGCACGCAAAAUCCACCACUAGCUUCUCUUACUUCUACAUGUGGAGAUUUGGAUGGGUCUUUUAUCUCAUGGGACUCUUGUUCGCAGUCUUUGCGUUCUUUGUUUCGCUCUUAGCAGCGACCGGAAGAACAGCAUCCUUUUCCGGAUCGGUUUUGUCCAUGGUAUCUCUCUUUUGGUUCUCCCUUGGAGCUUCAUUAAUGACCGCCGAGUUUGUCAAAGCCCGCAACCAGUUCCGUCGCUUCGGUAUGGAUGCGAGUCUAGGCCGCUAUGCAUUCGGUUUCACUUGGGCAGCAUGGGCAUGCUUACUAAUUUCUGCUCUUCUCCUUUGUAUUGGAGGAACUGUAGGUGGAAGUCGCCGAGAACGCCGCCGAGAUAGCCGCCGAGAUAGCCAGCCAUCCGCUGUUCGUGAUGCUCCCAUUGAAGCAGCCGGUACGACUGGUGGCGGCGGUAUGUUUUCAUUCUACCGCAAUCAACGCGAGAGACGUGCUACUCGUGGAGACGAUAGCUCCUUCACCAGAAACGAAAGUCAGCGUCGGGUUGUCAAGGAUGAUUAUGCUUAAAUGCGCAUCUUCAUUUUUGACAAGGCCGAUGCUAACAAUCUUGUGAUAUCUAGCUCGACGUCGACCCACUUGGAUGACAAGAUUGCGACCGGAAUGGAUACGAAUGAGGAACAAUUAAUCGACACCCACGAUUAGCUUUCGGUUGGAUGAGUAUCAACUUGUGAACGGGUUGGGAAAUCCGUAUUAGCGGCGGUGAUGGUGUCAGGGGAUCUCGCGAAGAUUCCCGUUAGCGAUAAUAAUAGCGGAUGGGUGGAUGGGGAUGAGAGUUUCUUUCUUUUCUUUCCUUGCCACGUGUUUUGUUGGUGGUUGUAAUAAUACCUUAAUGUUAGUUGAUUUAUGAGUAGUAUUAAUGAAUAAAAGCUCUUUUGAAAUAU